GUGUGGUUAGGAAGUUUAGACUAAAGUAUGGUCUAAAUUCCUAUAAAAGAAGGAGUUUUUGAACCUCAAUUGGAUUUCGAGAUAUUUUGGUUUUCUUUAGUCCAGCGAUAUGAUUGAUUAUACACCGAAACUCCAGCUGAGGAUCAUGUUCCUGAUCAUGAUUUGGGCAGGAAAUGCGAUAGGGGGGCGAAUGAACAUGCAGUAUGACGAAAAUGAAUUGUACGUGGAAAACAACCUCAUCAAAUCCUCGUCCCCAGUGCUGAUAUGUAUCCAGCAAGCGAAAGGAAAGAGGACCCGCGAGUGGUGAGCCAAGUCCGACCUUCUGCCAAGUAUAAGAGCAGCAACCUUGUUCUCAGCCUCGUGUCCACGCUCCUAGGAGCCAUUCAAUCGGAGCAAUGCCUGGAGCGCCUGUUGUGUGAGCUGGGCUGGAGCCUGAGCGAGGUGGAAGCGGCGAGGGUGGUGGUACAGCUGGCGGGCGUGUACGUGCCGCCAGAACACGCCCACCUCCUCGCUGCCUUGAGAGACGCUGUACUGAGAAGCGCCUCCUGUAACCAGUAUCGCUGUGGCAAGCUGCCCUCCCGUGAUGAAUUGUAAACCGCGAUUAUGAAACGUCACGUUGUUCCCAUUUUAUGUGAUAUUUUCCAGUCGAACUUUUUUUUUUGGAUACUCUUUAACAUAAUUUUCCCAGUAUAAAUGUCUUCGACGCCCAGUGUUUAUAAUGUAAAUGCUGUUCGUCAGGUAUUCCCUUUCUCUGUGCACACGAAAGGGUCUGUUUUUUUUUAACAUUUUACUUCAUUCACAGCAUUUUAAUUUCCCUUUCAUGUCGUCUUUAGAAAUGAAUAAUAUUUAUUUUUACA